ACUUUCGAGGGCCUUCUCUGCAUCCUCGGACUCACUUGCGGAGAUCCAGCGCGGAGAGAUCGGGAUGGUUUCUGGUAUACCCCAAGAACACCUUCGUAGGAGGGUUGUUAUUUUCUCACCUGCUCGGACUGCUACUCAACAAGGAUCAGGAAAAGUUGGAAGAUGGAAAAUCAACUUUUUAUCUACUCAAAAAUGGGAAAAUCCAUUGAUGGGCUGGACUUCCACUGGGGACCCAUAUGCCAAUGUCGGUGAUGCUGCAUUGAACUUCGAUAGUGAAGAAGCUGCAAAAGCUUUUGCUGCAAGACAUGGAUGGGAUUACACGGUCAAAAAACGUCAUACACCACUGUUAAAGGUUAAAUCAUAUGCGGACAAUUUCAAGUGGAAAGGCCCUCCCAAGACAGAGGGAUAAAUUAGUUUCUUUCAUCUUUCGAAAACCAGAGUGGUUGAUAGACGCGCUGCUUAACUCUCUUGCAAUCAUGUUGCUUGAGUACUUGACUUGUGGAGUUUAGUGUUUUAUGUUCACAAAAAACUGUGUCAGCCUGUAUUCCUUGGAAUUUAGAAUCAUUAAUAAAUCUUACAUUCCAAACCUUCGUAUUUGUAUGUGUUACUUUAUGAAUCAAUCUAUUGGAAUUUCUCUUCAUUGCAAAUUGGAAAAGGUAUGGUAGUCAUAAGCU